GGAGGAUGGCAUGAGUCGUAGUUGAAGCUUCCAAGUUUCUGGAACCUUCUAGACAUUGACUGAAUAAUGGAAUUUUUAAAGAUUACGAUAACAAUUCUUGCAUUGGCAUUAUCCGUAUCUGGCAAAGGAUAUGAUCUUGGUCGCAGUGGUGCAGGAAGUUUGGGAGGAGUUAGUGAUGGAGUUGGAGGAUUAGGAGGACUCGGAAAUAUGGGUAGCGGUGUUGGAGGCAUUGGAGGAUUGAGCGGCGGUGCUGGUGGUCUUGGUGGAAUGGGAGGAGGUGCUGGUGGUCUUGGAGGAAUGGGAGGAAGUGCUGGUGGCCUUGGUGGAAUGGGAGGAGGUGCUGGUGGCCUUGGUGGAAUGGGAGGAGGUGCUGGUGGCCUUGGUGGAAUGGGAGGAGGUGCUGGUGGUCUUGGAGGAAUGGGAGGAGGUGCUGAUGGCCUUGGUGGAAUGGGAGGAGGUGCUGGUGGUCUUGGAGGAAUGGGAGGAAGUGCUGGUGGCCUUGGUGGAAUUGGAGGAGGUGCUGGUGGUCUUGGUGGAAUGGUAGGAGGUGCUGGUGGUCUUGGUGGAAUGGGAGGAACUGUUGGAGGCCUUGGAGGAGUGGGAAGAGGUGCUGCUGGCCUUGGUGGAAUGAGAGGAGCCGGUGGAUCUGCAUAUGGAUUUGGUGGGGGAAUUGGAGGAGGAGCUGGAACUGAAGAUACCCAGCCCAAACCUUUCAACAUGGGCUAUCAAUCAACCGAUGGACAAGGAAGUGCCGCAUUCAGAACCGAAGAAGGGGAUGCCAGCGGCAAUGUUCGAGGAAGCUAUGGAUACAAGGACGCCCAGGGUCUUUACCGGAAAGUAGAUUACACUGCAGGGUCUGACGGAUUUCAAGCCCUUGUGAAAACUAACGAACCUGGAGUUGACGGAAAAGAAAAUCCUGCCGAUGUUGUCAUGGAAGUUGAAAAGACACCUUCAGGAAUUCAAGAAAGGUACAAUAGACCAGCAGGAGGCGCUACGGGUGGUGCUGGAGGACGAGGUGGAAUGAGAGGACCCUCAGGAGGAAUCGGGAGCGCUGGAGGACUUGGAGGAGCAGGAAAUUUUGGAUUUGCCUCUGGAGCAGGAGGUCUUGGAGGAGCAGGAAGUUUUGGAGGUGCCUCUGGAGCAGGAGGACUUGGAGGUGCAGGAGGACUUGGAGGUGCAGGAGGACUUGGAGGGGCAGGAGGACUUAGAGGAGCAGGAAGUUUUGGAGGUGCCCCUGGAGCAGGUGGACUUGGAGGUGCAGGAGGACUUGGAGGUGCAGGUGGACUUGGAAGUGGAAAUAAUCUCGGAAGUGGAUUUGGAGGCGCCGGUCUUGGAGGCACAAGCAGUUAUGGAGAUGCAGGACUUGGAGGCGCUGGUGGACGUGGAGGUGUCGGAGCAAUCGGUGGAGGAUUUGGAACUGAUGCUGGUGGUGUAGGGGGAAGAGCUGGAGGCAUUGGAGGGGGAGCUUUUGGUGGUUCUUCUGGUAUGGCAGGUGUUGGCAGAGCUGGUGUAGGAGGAAUCAAAGGAGUUUCAGGAAGAAUGAGUGGAUCUGGAGGGAUGGGAGGUGCAGGUGGCUUAGGGGGAAUAAGUGGAGCCUCUGGAAUUGGUGGUAUCGGUGGAGGCAUGGGAGGAAUCGGUGGGGCCUCAGCCAUUGGAGGAGCUGGUGGGCGAUCUCUGGGUAUGGGAAGCCCUUUUAACGGAAUUCCACGAGGUGGAUCUGGAAGCAGAAAAAGUGGUUAUUAGAAGUAGAAUUUGAAAUGUUAUCGAAUAUGGUACUUAUUUUUCUUGUUAAUGUUUUGUUUAAAAUAGAAAGAAAUAAUGGAAAAACCAAGAAUAUAUAUUAUAUCAUAUUCAUUAAAUCUUUAUAGUCGAAGGAUCGCAUAUACAAUGGCAUACAUUACGUUCUUUUUUUAUGUUAAAAAUAAUAAAUUUAGGACAUUCCGAACUAAAUAAAAAUAUUUUUUUUCUUUUUUUUUACUUUCUUAGCAACUUUCUUUCAAAUACCAAUCGAUUGCUGCUGUCCGAGAUUUUAACAAUCUUGAAGUUUCAGUUUAUAUGUUUAUCCUCCAAAGUUAUACUCCUUGAUAUUUGAAAGCUCUAAAUUAAUUUUAUUCAAAAGUAGCAAAUGGCGUUUGAAAAAUCAUCUUACUAUAAUCAUACCUUUUUUAUUCUGAAAUUCAAUGGUGUAUUUUUAAUCGCUUAGUGACGGGAGAUGGCGCCACGCUGCAGAAUAAUUCAUCGGCUGUAACGAAAGUGUUCAACUGUUUUUAUGUACCUUUUAUAAGUUAAUUUAGAAUGUAAUUAAUUCAUUCUAAAACCAAAGAAUAAUUUGCACAUUUUCAUUUAAAGUGUUUACACUGCCUUUCAUUUCUUUUUCUCUUUUGUAUGACUCUAUA